CUUUGAUGAAUAACUUCUGGAUUAUACCCAGCGCUGUGCUGUUUUGAUGGAUGAAGGGUGUUUAAAAUGUAGAAAGCGGUGGUAGCUGUUAAGCUCCCGGAGGACUAGGCAACUCGCGUUCGCCAAGCUCGGGCCACUCCGCAGAUCAGCUUUCCCGCAUCAAAAUCGAAUGAUGCAAAAGAACUUCUCUCGAAUAACGACUCGAUACGAGCACAUUGUCGACGUAGGAACUAUCCUUUGACAAGUUGGUCAUUGCUCUUUAUAAGUGCCGCUAAAAGCUGUUCUCGUCUCUUCACCGCUAUCCAAACAACCAUGUUAAAGUCUACUUAUAGACCUCCACCUCCGCUUCCACCGGGGUGGACAGAGCAUAAAGCUCCAUCAGGCCAUCUGUACUAUUAUAAUGCAGCAACCAAGCAAUCUACCUACAAACGCCCUACAGCAGCCCCCGUUUCCACCGCCCAACCAAUAGAUCCUACUUUGGCGCAAACGAGCUAUACUCCAGAGAACCUUCCUCCUUUUUCUUCAACUCCUUAUGGACCUACUGCUGGGACAGCGCAGUCGGACAGGUUCACUCCGAACAACACAUACCAGCAGUAUCGCACAGGGCACGAUAGCAGCAGGGGCCAUGGAAAUCGGAGGCAUCGGGAACCCAGUGAUCGCCCAAAAUCUAAACACAGUAUUCCUGGAUGUGCCCCGUGGCUGCUUGUGAAGACCAGAUAUGGACGGCGCUUUGUACAUAAUCCAGAAACGAAGGAAAGUUAUUGGAGGUUUCCGGAACAUGUAUUGAAGGGUGUGGUGGAAUUUGACCGUUUAGAAAGGGAGAAGAAACAAGAAGUACAAAUUCACGAUGACAAAAGUCAAGAGUCACCCGAGACAGGCAAGCAAGAUGAAGGAGAGAAGAAAAUUCAAUCACAGGAAGCUUCUGUGGAAGCAGCGCCAGAUGAAGCGGAUAGCGACGAAUACGAAGAAGUAGAGGUGACCGAUGAUGAAGAGGGUGAGGAACAAGCUAACAAGCGACCACGGGUGAAAGAUGAGCAAGCCGACGCCGAUCGACCAUUGGAGUUCAAUGAAGAAGACAUUGAUUAUCAGCUUGCAGCGAUGGGCGAGGAUUAUGGCUUAGAUCCCGGCGAAUACGGAGAACCUGGUGAGGAAGGUUGGGAAGAAGGCGUGGAAGGGCUUUCUUUGACCGAUGAAGAAGCGACUGCCCUGUUCAGCGAUCUACUCGAUGACUACCAUAUUAAUCCGUUUACUACCUGGGAAAAAGUUCUGGAGGAAGGUCGCAUUAUUAACGACACCAGGUACACUGUAUUAUCGAACAUGAAAGCACGGCGGGAAGCGUUCGCAUCCUGGAGCCGUCAGCGCAUACAGGAAAUUAAGGCACGCAAGGAAAAGGAGGAGAAGAAAGACCCGCGGAUCAAAUAUAUCGCUUUCCUUCAAGAAUAUGCCACGCCAAAACUAUAUUGGCCAGAAUUUAAGCGCAAAUAUCGAAAGGAGGAUGAGAUGAAGAACACGAAGAUGUCAGACAAGGAUCGUGAGAAGCUUUAUCGCGAUCAUAUUGCACGUCUGAAACUCAGCGAAAGCACUAGGAAAUCAGACUUGUCGGCCUUACUCAAGUCGAUUCCUCCUCGGGAUCUGAACAACUCCACGAAUAUAGAGGCUCUUCCUCCGGCGGUUUUGACCGACCUACGCUAUAUUUCCUUACCGCCCAAGAUCCGCGACCCAUUAAUAGAAGCAUACAUCUCUACCCUCCCACCUGCUCCUGAAGAAGAAACCUCUGCUCUAUCAGCCCAGGAACAGCGAGAGCGGGAGCAGAAACGGCUGGAGCGAGAUCGAAGGGAAAAUGCCCUGGCUGAGAGAGAGCGUCGUGUCGAGGAAGAGAAACGACGUCUAAAGGGAGGGCUAAUUCACGGCAAGAAGCUUUUAGAACAGGAAGCUGCCGAGAUUCAGGAAGCUAUGCAAAUCAGGGGCAAGGACGGUCUGAGGAGUUACUUCAAGACUGGCGAAGAUGAAGCCAUGACUAAUACGGACCAGUGA